UUUUUACCAAUGGUCGUAAUCUAGUCUAGUCCCAUCGGUAAUUAUUGAACAAACAAAGUUUAUUUUAUAGAUUUUGUUUUAGCCAUUCCAAAUUUAUUGUAAAGAUGUCGCAAGAAGUGGAGGAAACCUUAAAGCGUAUUCAGAGUCAUAAGGGUGUUGUUGGAACUAUUGUCGUCAACAACGAAGGUAUUCCGGUCAAGUCAACUCUGGACAAUACAACAACUGUGCAAUAUGCUGGUCUUAUGAGUCAGCUGGCCGAUAAGGCUCGGAGUGUGGUUAGAGACCUGGAUCCUUCUAACGACAUGACAUUUUUAAGGGUUCGGUCGAAAAAACAUGAGAUCAUGGUAGCACCCGACAAGGAUUUUAUACUUAUUGUCAUACAAAAUCCAACAGAUUGAAUCAUGGAUAACUAAAAACGAACAAUAUAUUUAUUACUAGAUAUUCCUAAAUAUACUUAAACUGCACAUAAAAGCAUUCAUUGUAUGCAUCAAGCACAAGACCAAAACUGAUGUCACGAAUAAUUUUGUGGAUAGAAAAAACACAAAAUUAAUCGGAAUCCGAGUGUCUAAAAUACAAUAAACUAUACUUUUAUACGCA